AUGAGAACACGACGCCCCUUUACCUGGGAUUAUUUGAUUGCCGAGAUUUGUGUUUUCAUUUUGUGGACUUCAUACAUUACAAGUCAAGAACUAGUACCGGUGUGCGAAAAUGAAGAAAGGUGCUUGCUUUGGGGAGAAACUUCAAGAUGUUACUGUCUCUCCCCUGAAUUAGUUUCCCAAGAAGAUAUAGAGAUGCUGUCAUGUAACGACGUUUCCACUGGUUUAUCUUUAGAGUCAAAUGCAGAGUUUAGAGUUGUACAGGAAUGGUUGCAGCGCACAAAUGCUAGUGAUGUAUCCGUGGUGACUUCCGCUAGAUACGAUUACGAUAAGCUAAAAUGGGUAUGGGGUGAUGCUGCUGCUGCCACUGAAGUGGAUCCUCUAGUAUUUGAUAAUACAAAUUUUACGAGUGCUGAACUAUCUCAAGAAGGUGGUGGAGUCUACAUAAUCUUAGACGCCGAGAUUUGGUUUUCACCACGAUUCACACUUCCGGACACAGGAGAGCCACAUUACCAGUACAACAUCGUGUGUGAAUCCGAUGCCAGUGUAGAAGCCAAGGGUAUCCACUACACGCUAUAUGCAGUCCCCGUGUCGUGGCAAGUGGCAGAGCAAGCGUGCGAACAUGUCCAACAGACCAUGGUGUUGUUUCAAAACAAAAGCUAUUUUGACCUGGUGACGAAUGUUCUGAGACCAAGUGAACCAUAUUGGACUGGCCUGAAACAGUUGACAGAGGUGACAAAUAAUGGAGGUAUAACACCAGAUGACGCAUGGGUAUCUGACACAAUUUUGGAGAACCUUCCUACCCUGAAAAUAGAGGAGCCUGAUCGUUGUUUGACUGUCUUGGCCAAUUUGACGUGGAUAUCUGAUCAUUGCAGUGAAAACCAUACAUUCAUAUGCAAAGGGCAUGCAGGAAAGUGCGAAUUUGCAGACCCUAUGCAGGGGUACAAAUACGUGGACAAGGUGCAAACAAAUAUGCGUUUUGUGGUGUUGUCUAAAUGUCUCGAGGAGUGUAUGAUGAACACAAGUUGUAUGUCAGUAGCUUUCAACGGGCCAACUACAGGUUCCGCUAUAGGUAUAUGCACUCACAAUGCUGGAAACAACAUGACAAACCCAGAGAAACUGAAAAACGAAUCAUCCAUGACCGGCUGGUAUCAUUAUGAGAAAACCUGUUUUACAGGUUCGGUUACAUAUCAGCUGCCGUUUGAUCCAAUAGCAUCGACUCAAAAGUCUACUACACUAGGACAAGAUUCUGUAACGUAUGGUAUAAGCACAGUGUCGAAUCUAAGAUCAACAACUGACUUAAGUACAAGAGUGUCGACUGCUGAAUCAUCUACUGAGUUGGCAUCUGAUUCUACCACAACGUUGCCAAGUAAAGAAACAACGAUUGAACUUUCUUCUCUGUCUCUUCCCUCAACAUCUAUAGAUCCUUCAAUAGCAACAUCUAUGUCAACAUCAACGGAUGGCGCGACGAGAAUCACCUCUUUGUUUGUCAUUUCAAGCACUGGAGAGUCUGUGCAAUCUUCCAUACCUCGUUCGAAUUCAGAAACAAGCGCCCUACCACCUCGGGAACGCCCUAGUGCUAACAAUGCUCCUGAUUUUCUUCCUCCUAGUGAAAUGACUACAUUAAUGAACAAUAUGGUAACCGUGACAGAUAGCGAUCAUCACAUUGAUCAUAAUGCCUCAGCAAAUGCUGUAGAAGACUAUAUUCAGCCCAGUUUAUCAAUUACAGAAGAAGCACAUGCUACGUCAACAGCAAGCAUUGACAAUUCUUCCAAACAAGCGGAAUUUCAUCGUCACACCCAACCCCACCCCCGCUUUCGCGUUUUAGAUCCUGAUAAACGAUCGUCAGCAACUGGUAUGGGUAUUAUUGCAAUAUCAUUUCUUGUUUUUGUUAUUAUAGGAAUCGUCUUUUUGGAUUUACCAGCGUUGGUGAGAGAUAUUAAAAGAGGGAAGAAAAACUUUUCUACUUUAUUUAGACAACUGCGAGAAAAGAAAAGGCAUUUUUCUACAGAUAUAGAAACUGUUCAAAUAGGGCUGAAUGAUGAAUCUAACAUCUAAACAUAAAACACUUAAAGGCUGUUUAUUGAAAUCAAACCGACGAAAGAUUACGAGAACGGAAAUGGUAGACCAAAUUCUUACACACCAUGUAAUAAACAUUGUACUAUUUUUUUAUUACUAAAAAGUAUAACAUCUGUAAGUUGUUGAACUUCUUAAGCAGUUAUAUCUUGCGAACUGUGAAUAAGAAAGGC